ACCUGCAGCAGCGAGCGUGUGACCAUGUCUGGCCGGGGCAAGGGCGGUAAGGGGCUCGGCAAGGGCGGCGCCAAGCGCCAUCGCAAGGUGCUGCGCGACAACAUCCAGGGCAUCACCAAGCCGGCCAUCCGCCGCCUGGCUCGGCGCGGCGGUGUCAAGCGCAUCUCGGGUCUCAUCUACGAGGAGACGCGCGGCGUGCUCAAGGUCUUCCUGGAGAACGUCAUCCGCGACGCCGUCACCUACACGGAGCACGCCAAGAGGAAGACGGUCACGGCCAUGGACGUGGUCUACGCCCUCAAGCGCCAGGGUCGUACCCUCUACGGCUUCGGCGGCUAAAGCCUCGCUUUCUUUCCCAAUCACCGCCACAUAAUCACAAAGGCUCUUUUA